AGCAGGAGGCGAUGUUGGGAGUCGCCAUCCUCACCGCGCUGCUCGCCAGCAUCGCCACCGUCGCCAUCCAGCUCCUCCUGCUGCUGCGCUUCCUCUCAUCAUCAUCAUCAUCAUCCACCUCAUCAUCAUCCACCUCAUCAUCAUCAUCCACCUACCCACCACGUGGUGCCGUCACCACUAGUCACCCACGAUUGCUUUCCUUACUCCGCGGCGCGAGCUCUUCCGUAUCCACCACCACCUCCACCCCUCUCUCAUCAACCUCCUCCACCACCACCACCUCAUCCUCCACUUCCACAUCAGCAUCAGCGGCAUCAGCAGCAUCAUCAGCACCACCCCCAUCCCCGUACGAGGCGUGCCGCUGCUUGAACGCGCUGCUGCUCAGCGUCUUCUCCGAGCUGCGCGGAUCUUCCGAUCUGCGCGCGUGGGUCACGCGCAAUAUCCACGUGGAGAUGCUCGAGCUGCUGCAGUCGCGCACCGCGGGACGCGUCGUGGAAGGACUCAGUCUCAGGGACGUCUCUCUCGGAGACGCGCUGCCCGUGUUCCACGGCGUGCGCACAGUGCUGCCCUCCUCGUCCUCCAGAGGGAACGCAGCUGGGCAGCAGGCGGGCGACGAGACCGCAGCUGAACUACCGGACGAGCUCGAACUGGAGGCGGACGUGGAGUACACGGGCGGCUGCUACGUCUGCGUCCACGCCGAACUAGUGUUCGGCAAACGCGCCGAGCUGUUCGUUCGCAUCGCGCGCGUGCGCGGACCCCUGCGGGUGCGGGUGACACGCGCGCCGCCCCUCGCCCAUUGGAGCUUCGCGUUCACGCGUGACCCGCGGGCCGAGCUCGAGGUGCGAUCCCGCUACGAGGGCCGCCCCAUGCCGCAGCUCACCACCGUCAUCGUUAACCAGAUCAAGAAGGUGCUGCGGCGCAAGCACACGCUGCCCAGCUACAAGAUCAGGUACAAGCCGUUCUUCCCAUCGCAUGUUCAGGGCGACGGCGUCGGUGCGAGUCUUCCGAUGGCCGAGCUCAAACGAGGGACUCUGAAAGUUCAGCUCGUAGGAUGCAGCAGACUCCUCCUGCCGACUGCGCCAGACAAAGAGACCGACGUUUACUGCAGCCUGGAGCUGGCGACCACCAAGUGUACAGGAGGUGUGAGGUUCCUCUUCAUUGAGAUACAAAUAUCGAAAGGGACCUCGCCGCUCAUAGGGCUCACGUUCCGCCAGAUCUCCGUGCCGGACGGAGAUCCGGACAUUGUGGUGGUCUCCACGGUGGUUCCCAACACGCCGGCGGCGAGCGCCGACGUUCGCAAGGACGAUCGCGUCGUAUCCAUCGCAGGUCACAACGUCUACUCCCUGGUGCACGCCGGAAAGCUGCUCGCUUCGGCCGACCCUGUCCGGAUCGUGUUGCAACGGGAAGAACUGCCCACCGGCGCCGUCUACUCGAGCCACCCGCCAGCGGGAGCCACGGUAUCGGCGCCGCCGGUGGCGUCGGCAUCCGUGACAAAAAACCUCCCGGUCGACGACCCUGCCAACCCCGAUUCGGACUUCGAGGACCUCUGCUUGGCGGCGAUGAACGAAGCGCAGGCGGCAGACGAGGCUCCGCGUGUGGCUGCGGGCAGCUUCAAACAGUCGCCGGCUCCUCCGGCUCCUGCUGGUGCCGCCGCCGUUGCCGCCGCAAAGAACGCCUCCCCGGGAGGUUCUCCGUCGCAUUCUGCUAAACCGAGGGAAGGAGCGGCGGCCUACUGCUCGAAGGCCGCCAAAGCGAGCGACGGCUGCGCUGCCGAGUGCCCGAGGGUUCCCGCGGACGCAAACGCGUCCGAGUCUCAAGACGCCAGCGGCACGAGUGGCCCCGUCAAACCGCCCGUGCCGCCGAGGCCCAAGGACAAGCCGGAAUCCGCCCCCGACGCCGACGCCGGCGCCGGCGGUCCCUCGACGGCGAGGCCGGCGAAAGGCUUAGCGGAGCAGGCGGCGAAAGCGGCGGCAGCCAAGGCCGACGCCGCCAGCGCAGAGGAAGCGCAGUCGGCCAGGGCGACCGCCAGGGCGGACGAGUGGACGUCGACCAAGGCGGCUUACGGCAACAACGCCUGCGCCUGGACCGACGAAGCCGCCGACUGCGCCGAGUUGCAGGUGGAGGGCCACCACAAGUAUCUGAAUGUGCUGGUGUGGUGCCAGGAGCGCGUGGCCCCGGGGGCACGGCCAGCCUGCGCCACCGCCACGUGCGUGGGCCACGCGAGCGUCGCCGUGGACGAGAUCGUGUCCGAGUGCCUCGACACGGGCUCACUGCAGUUCUAUCGCACCUACCUGCUGCGUCCGCCGGACCCCAAGCCGGCCGCCCUGCUCUGUCGGCCGCAGUUCAAGCAGCUGGCGUCGCACAAAGGGUUCAACGAGGAGCUGUGCUUCGGCGAGGUCACUCUGCACUUUUCGCACACCUACACCGAUGACUUCAAAGGGGCGUCGGCGGGGCCAAAGGCGGUGUCGAAGACGCGCAGGACGGGAUCGCCGGACAACGACGCCUCGGAUUCGGAGAAGGACGACGGCGCCUUGCGAACGAGGGAGGCGUCGAAGCACGACUUCAAGGACGCGCUCUUUCAAAAUCCGACCAACUGCGACUACUGCAAGAACCAAAUCUGGACCAAUUCGGCAUCCAGGUGCAGCCGCUGCGCCUACGUCUGCCACAAGAAAUGCCGCGAGAAGUACCAGACGGAGAAGCCGCGGUGCUUGCGCGACGGCGCGGGCCCGAGGACUCGGCAGACGGACCGGCAGCGGCCCCAGAGCAUGCACAAGGCGGCGGCGCUCGCUCGCAACCUCAUCCCGUACGCUCGCAAACGCCUGCAGCUGCGCCCGGGAGCCAAGCGGACCGGUGAUGACGGGCCGCCCGAGACGGCUCACGGCGUCGUCUGCGAAACCGACGGCGCCGGCGGCGGCGGCGGCGCGGACGAGGGUUGCGACGCGGCGGACAGGACGUGCCGGGGGUCGGCGGGCGCCAACCGCGGCGGCCUGCACGACAGCGUCUUCGUGGCGGUGAAGGAAAUCGGGCGGGCGCUCUACCGGGACCUCCCGAGCGCCGAGCGGCAGCAGAAGCUGGAGCUGAUGCUGGAGAAGCUGCAGUGCGAGAUCGAGGUCGAGCUGGAGAGGAACAGCGCGCUCAAGCAAGACCUGGCGGCGGCGGCCUCGGCCGAGCCGGCUCGCGCCACGGCCGAGCUGAUCGCCGUAGAGGUGAGGAAGUCCAACGAGCGGCUGCAGGCGCUCACCCUUCUCAUGCUGCACUACCGCGCGGGCCUCGAGGACCUGGAGCUGGCGCAGGUUGACCCCCCGGAGGCGGCGCCGGAGCUCGCGGCUCACUCGGAGGAGCGGGAGGAGCGGCGUGGGGGAAACCUGGAGGGCGGCGGGCGUGAGUCGGCCCGUUGCGGUGAUCUCGGUGGCAAGGCCCGUUGCGCAGAAGCCAGCGACGCGCGUCCACAGGGCCCGCUUGCGGACGUCGCUGCUGAGGCGACCGAGCAAGAAGAAGGUGGUGGUGGUGGUGGUGGUGACGACGAUCAGAUUUCGUUGGAGCGCGUUGAUGUCGAAGAACGUGCGGAUGUUGAAACAUCCGCCGUGGAUCAAAGACUUGAAGGAACCGAAGAAGAGGCAUCCGAGUUGGAGGUCGGCGAUGAUACCGACUGCGAGAAAACUUGAAAGUCAACGCAGGAGACAAAUCUAUCGUAAGCUUAUCCGGUUCACUUGUAAAACGAGGGUUUAAAUAAUUUCAGAUUCUUAUUGUGUACAGGGACUCCUCUACUUAGAAACUUUCAGAGAUACGAAUAAACCAGUGGUCUGUGUGGACCGAGAGCCGUAAGUUCAACCGCCGCGCAAUAGAUGGCGGUGGUGGCAUCUCCAUCUGCAGAACGUGAAUAACCAGUGGCAUCUACAUCUACAAAAGAUGAUACAACUUUUAAAGCCAUUUCCCGUGUUUUUAUAGUACACGCCAUACAACGUGUUUGGAAUCGACAGGAGUAAAGUUGGACUUGCGAACAAAUUGACUUAAGAACAGACCUCUGGAACCUAACUCGUUCGUAAGUAAAGGAGUCGCUAUAUUUGGAAUGGAAACAACAAGGUUUAUUGCGGUUGACUGCUUACAAAUGUAAUAUCGCACAAAGUUAAAACGCUGAACGGCAGAGGUCGCAAACGGAUUUUGAUUCCUUACCUGUACCCGUACCCGGCCGCACCAGGGUCGCAAACGGGUACCCGUACCUGGCCGGGUACGGUAUGGGUACCUGUACCCGAUACCCGGCCGGGUACGGGUAGCCGGGUAUCGGGUUGGGUACGGGUAUCGGAUACCCGAUUGCGACCUCUUGGAUGAAGCCAUGUUGCAGGCGCGGGUGGGUUGAUUCUAGGAACUUGAAUUGUGAGAAGAGACAAGACGUUGGGAAAUGAGUGACAAACGGUGACUCACCAGUGACUCACGGCCUACCCGUACCCGGCCGCACCAGGGUCGCAAACAGGUACCCGUAUUCGUACCCGGCCGGGUACGGGUAGCCGGGUAUCGGGUAGGGUACGGGUAUCGGGUACCCGGUUGCGACCUCUGCUGAACGGCGAGCAAAAGCCUUGUGGAAUUUGCCCGCUAGCUGCUUCUCUUGCCAGCGCAGAAACUUCAAGCACCAGUGCGCACUCCCAGUCUAGUACCAUACCAUAGCAUUGGCUUGCAGAUUCCAGCAGUGUUUUGUUUCAAUGUAUAUGUUUUUUGUAUACUUAAUAUAAUAUUAGAAAGCUAUAUAUAACAUUUACAAGCCGUAAACGCGCUACGUUCGCCGUGACUAUAAUUAACUCACUUUUGUUGAGGAAACGAAAAAAGAGCUGUAUAGUGGUGGGUGGGCCUUACCUGGUAAAAUAAAAAUGUAACCCGUAAAAACAAAGUUUUUCACUAUAAAUCAUUUAUAUGCGUGGCGGCUAGAGUCCUCUCGUCCUCUGGCUUGAGAUGGCUGCCACCUAUGGGUCAGAUGAUUGUCUGCCACCAUUAAGCAUUUGGUAAUUAAAUAUGUAAAAAAAUUCCCUAAACAGUGUAAAAAUUUGGGAAAAAAAUUUCACAAAAUAAAUUGUCACGCACAACGAGCCUGUGUGCAAAAUGUUAGCUCGAUUGGAUCACGGGAAGUGGGUUAAAAAACGACCGAAAGAUUUGCACGGUCGUAAGCAAGCAAGCACGCAAGCAAGCAAGUGAACUUAAUAUAAAGGAUUUUAAAAUAGUUAAUCUAUAUAGAGUUGGGGGGGUGAUAGCCCACCCCGGAAUGUUAUGGACAACACUGUAUGAUCGUUCCCAAACCCAGUGCAGCUUUACUUCUACACACGUGGGAACUCUCUUCACUCCGCAUCAUUCCAAUGACACUUUGCACUUUAGUCCGAAAUUACAGAUAAUUAAUUUCUUCAGAACUGCUUUUUGCGUUUAGUGCUGUUAUCCCCCCUCCCCCCUCCCCUCAACGUACAUUCAUACAAACCACACGGGCUGCAGGAAAAUGAAAGUAAAGUCACUAGAAAUGAAUGGUUCAAGAUGAACUGACUUUUUGAAUGUGUCAUAUCAAUGCAGCGACGGAUACGGGAGAUGGCAUCUCGCCGCCGCGAGCUCCAGAAGAGAUCAUUCACAGUUCACCCGUAUCUCUCUCGAGUGGCCCGAGUAAACCUUCAUGCAGUGUGGGUGGCACUUUCCCAGACAUUCCACUGUGUGGCGAUCAAACCCGAUGCAUAUUGUUUAUCUUCUCGGAGCUGAAAUAAGGUACAAAUUUUAUACGAAACAGAAAAUAAAAAGUGGACAAUACGCCACAGUCGGAUCGGCAGGUCGGUCACGGUGCGAGGGUACUCUUCCACCUCUUCCCAAGAUGUCCAGCCAGCGUGGAAGAGUAGGCCAAAUACCCUCCUAGAGUGCUUCUUCUUAGAGAGGUGCCUCUCGCAGACGCCCCUUCCGCCGGCAGUGGUGUGAUCGUGCAAUUGGCACGCGACAAUGUGUGCUUUUGUCAGAAGACGACGCCGCAGGGAUUUUAAGAGUCUGCUCGGGAGCGGACGAUUCGCUGUGGUUGGUGGCGAGUGUGGGGAAAUCCAUUUGGUGGCCUCGGUGGGAGUUAAAACACAUUCCUGUGGAGGGAGUUGGUAGGAACGUUGGGUUGCUCGGUCAAUUGCCAGGGUCAACGGCGGCGUGGGGUAUUCCGCAAAUAUGGCUGACUGUGAGGGCGGGCACAAGCCGGCGUGAGUAGGUUAAACAUUGAGUUUUAUAAGGGCACCACGGGGUGACCAGCUCCACCCCUUUCAGCCCCACCCCUCCCACCCCCCACCCAGCCCCACCCUCCCCACCCAGCCCCUCCCUACACGAUGGACGGACGGACGGACACAAUAAUCCCUUGUGGGCUGGUGUACCCAGGAUGUUCCUACCAGUACUAUCGAUCUGUGAUGACCAGCAGCUUUUGGCUGGCCAUCGCACAGAGACAGUCACUGUCAUCGCGCGACGCUUUCGAACGCGCUUCUGCGGCCGUCUGGAACGCUCUUCCCUUGCGAUAUUAGGAAGCCACUGGAGCUAUGCACUUUUUAAAUCUCGAUUUUUAUGUUUGGUUUGUUGUCCUUCCACCGCACCACCGAUUUAGCAGGGUUGACUAUGUACGGUGCGAGAGAAAUACAACGAACAUACUUGAGAGGGUCAGGCGCGGGGAGUCUGUCAAACUCGGCUGAAUGCAUCCGAUUGGUGUUGAAUCGCUGUUGUCAAAGUCCAUAAGACGUGUAAUAUGAUUUAAACUGUGGCUAAGCUGGCGACCAACGUAUGAUUUUAAACUGUGGUAUGUUUAAGUGUUGUGUGUUUUUUUAGUUAAGCUGUUCAUAUGUUAUGCAAGCAUAAACUCCCCAUUUUGCGGUUAAACGUGCCGAAAUGUGUUUAAAUGUCACGUGGUGAGCGGUAUUGUGCGACUCCUCGACUGCAAUUGUGAUCCCAUUCCUAACGGGGUUCGGGAAAAUCGUGGCUACAAAAUUGGGGGGAGGGUGGUGGUGGUCUGGGGAGUCUUGACUGGCCUAGCCAAAUGUAUGACACGUGCAUUGGCCAUACGUUGCAAUGGCAAUUCUGGUUGACGGUAGCCGGCUCGUACCCGGGUCGACCACUUGGUCCUUUCCGAUAAGAACCACCAGCAGUACUCUCAUGGGGGGCUCUUGGUCUAUCACUCGGACUACAGACACCGCUAUGAAUCAGACUGCUGGGACUAUCACAGCGAGCCACUCCUGACUACUACCUGGACCACCUCUGGGACCAGUAGAACUACCACCCGAAGCACUGAACCCCCCCAAGCCCACUCGUUAUGCCACUAUGGCUACCACCAUGACCCACCAGAACCACUACUUAAGACUACAACACAGACCACUGUCUGGCAGUAUUGCCACGUGGACCACCAGUACUACCAGACGGUCGGACGGACACACUGACUGAUGCUCUCCCCGUGUGCACGCGUGCCAGAGGUCGCAACCGGGUACCCGUACCCUACCCGAUACCCGGCUACCCGUACCUGGCCGGGUACGGGUACCUGUUUGCGACCCUGGUGCUGCCGGGUACGGGUAAGGAAUCAAACCCCGAUUGCGACCUCUGAUGCGUGCAAACGAACCAACGUGGGAUUCGCCCGCGGGAUAAUCGCGGUAUCUGCGGGAACCGUUCGGGGCGGGAUUCCCGCGGCCGUCGCGUCGACCGAUGCCGUCAAAGUCAUUCGGAAACCCGCGAGCGGUGAACCUCUUCGCUUGAACGUCUCCCCGAGGAUGAACGCACUCUGCUUCAAUUUAUUUAAUUACGCCCCCCCCCCCCCACCGGCUAUCUUAAAACGGUGAUUGUACGUAUGUAGCCAUUGUUUUUGCCGACUCCAUUUUUUUUCUGGGUGUGAGCAUUGUUGGUGUCAUCUCUUUGUCGUGGUCAAUGCGACCUGUUGGUGUCAUCCCUUUGUCGUGGUCAAUGCGACCUGUUGGUGUCAUCCCUUUGUCGUGGUCAAUACGACCAGUAUCAAUAAACCACGAGUAAUAAAUGUCUCGGUUGGGUUUUUUUUUUUCGGUCUUGCAAUCCAGUUUCGUGUGACCCGUUAGCUUCGCACGGAUUGCGUUAGUUGAAGGGUCACUUAGGAAAGGGUAACUUGGACCGUUUUGAGGUGUAAGGACUUACACCCUGGACGUCCCCGCUGGACAAAUAUGCGACAAUCCUCGAUGGAACGUCCGUACCCAAGAGGGAAUUUCCUUGGGAUUGAUGUUCGCUUCGUGGGGGACACGUCCUCCGCAAAACCCGGAGACUGCCCCAGGGGAGGCGGCGGUCUCGAGCGACCUGGAAGAGAGCCGGUGGCUGACCGAGCUGCGGCCCAUUGGGCGCGGCUCGUUGCGGUAACAAGAAUAAUCAUUUAUACUGGUAGGAACCUCCUGGUUACACCAGCCCACAGGGGAUUAUUCUGUCUGUCUGUCGUGCAUCCAAAAAUGGGAGGGGUGGGGCUGGGUGGAGAGCAGAGGUCAUAACCGGGUACCCGAUACCCGUACCCUACCCGAUACCCGGCUACCCGUACCCGGCCGGGUACGGGUACCCGUUUGCGACCCUGGUGCGGCCGGGUACGGGUAAGGAAUCAA